AGAACCAACUGGGGCCCUGCUCUGAACCCUGAGCUGGAGACGCUGCCCGCCUCUGCGGGAAGCAGGAAAGCAGCAGCAGAUGAAGGUUCAAUGCUGAAAGAUGAAGGGUGCUGCUAUGGGGGUGCUGCCUGAGCAGGGCUGGGAGGCAGAUGCUCGACUCCAGCCUGGUGCGGUCGGCGUGUGGCUGCAGCAGUGCCGUGCUGGCGGUGUUGAUCGGUUUGCCGGCGCUGGGCGGUUUAUCCCCUGCUGGCGCCCCGCCUGCAGCACCUCGCUCUGCGGGCUGCGGCCCCUUUAAGGGCAAUGAGGGCGGAAGCGAGGCCGGAGGCUGUCGGGGGCGGGACUUCUCGCCCUUUCCGCCCUGUCGCUGCUCUCGCGAGAUCUUCCGGCCGCAGGGCGGUCCUUUCCGCGGAGACCCGACCAAGAUGGCGGAGGUGGAGCAGAAGAAGAAGCGAACCUUCCGGAAAUUCACCUACAGAGGGGUGGACCUGGACCAGCUCCUCGACAUGUCCUACGAGCAGCUGAUGCAGCUGUACAGCGCCCGCCAGCGCCGGCGCCUCAACCGGGGGCUGCGCCGCAAGCAGCAUUCCCUGCUGAAGCGCCUGCGUAAGGCCAAGAAGGAGGCACCACCCAUGGAGAAGCCGGAGGUGGUGAAGACCCACUUGCGGGACAUGAUCAUCCUCCCUGAGAUGGUGGGCAGCAUGGUUGGCGUGUACAAUGGCAAGACCUUCAACCAGGUGGAGAUCAAGCCCGAAAUGAUCGGUCACUACCUGGGGGAAUUCUCCAUCACGUACAAGCCUGUGAAGCAUGGGCGCCCAGGCAUUGGAGCCACCCACUCCUCCAGGUUCAUUCCUCUGAAGUAACGAAGUGGGAGCUUUUUCCACGUGUAAAUAAAAGAUGUUUCUCCCAAGUA